ACCUCAGGCACCACUGAGCAAGUAACUCAUGGCCUGAGAGAUGCCCUUCCAAGCCUCCUUUCAAGUACCUUGCAGAAAGAAAAUUCAUUUUGCAUACUAUCAUAAACUCGCAGGCCUCACCCCACUCCCCUCUUUUUUUUUUUUUUUUGGUCACUUUAAAAUACAGAAUUUUGGCGCCUCCUCUAGUGACCACUAUUCCCUUCCGCCCCCGCCAUUUUUAAAACGUUUGUAACCCGCAGCCUCCGGCCGCUCCGCUCGCCCCGUCCCUCCGCCGCCGAGCCCCAUUCCCCUCACAGCGCGGCGGCCGCCGGCGACACCGUCCCGCCCUUCCCGGCGCUACAAGAUGGCGGCGGGCGGCGCGGCGCUGGCGCUGGGCCUGGCGGCGGGGCUGGCGGCGCUGCUGUGGUGGCGGCGGCGGCGGGCGGCGGGCGGUGCGGGCAGGGUGUGCGUGGCGGUGCUGGGAGACCUGGGCCGCAGCCCGCGGAUGCAGUACCACGCUCUCUCGCUGGCCCGGCACGGACGCGGCGUCGCGCUGCUGGGCUACCUCCAGAGCAGGCCGCACGGCGACGUGCUGCGGAGCGGGGGGAUCCGGCUGGUGCCCGUGGCGGAGCUGCGGGGGCUGCGAGUUGGCCCGAAGCUUUUCCAGUAUGUCAUAAAAGUAAUUGUGCAGGCAAUACAGUUACUGUACACAAUGCUAACGAUAGAGCAGCCAUCCUAUAUUCUUCUUCAGAAUCCUCCAGGCUUACCUAGUAUAGCUGUUGCCUGGGUAGCCUGUCUUUUCUGGAGAAGCAAACUGAUCAUCGAUUGGCACAACUAUGGAUAUACUAUCAUGAGUCUGACUCACGGAAGAAGUCACCCGCUGGUACAAAUUGCAAAAUGGUAUGAAAGGCUUUUUGGGCGUUUGUCUGACUACAACUUGUGCGUCACUAAUGCAAUGAAAGAAGAUCUAUGGGUGAAUUGCAACAUAAAGGCAGUAACUCUGUAUGACAAGCCAGCUUCUUACUUUAAGGAAACACCAUUAGAACUUCAACAUCAUUUGUACAUGAAACUUGCCAAAGACUAUGAGCCUUUUAAACCACGUACAGAGUCUGUUGGUUCGAAUGUGGAGAGGUCUGCCUUUACUGAAAUGGAUGAAAAAAAUGGACAUGUCAUAAAAACCAGAGAACGGCCAGCUCUUCUAAUCAGCAGCACAAGCUGGACAGAGGAUGAAGACUUUUCAGUCCUUUUAAAAGCUUUAGAAGAUUAUGAGCAGUAUAUCAAUGAGGGAGUCAAGCUUCCAUCUUUAGUAUGUGUGAUAACAGGUAAAGGACCUCUAAAAGACUACUACAGUGGACUGAUAAAUAAACUGCACUUUAAACAUAUCCAGAUCUGUACACCAUGGCUCGAAGCUGAGGAUUACCCUCUUUUGCUUGGCUCAGCAGACCUGGGGGUGUGUCUCCACAAAUCAUCUAGUGGUUUGGAUUUACCCAUGAAGGUGGUAGAUAUGUUUGGCUGUUGUUUACCUGUGUGUGCAAUAUAUUUUGAAUGUUUACAUGAACUUGUGAAACACGACAAAAAUGGUCUGAUAUUUAGGGACUCGAAUGAACUUGCAGAACAACUAAAGAUGCUUUUCUUGGGAUUUCCUACACUGGAAGGCAAACUUCACAACUUUAGAAUAAACCUUCGUGCAUCCCAGCAGCUGCGCUGGGAUGAGAGUUGGGACCAGACUGUUCUUCCUUUGUUUGAGCAGAAUGAAUGACUUCUUGUGGGGGAGGAGGAUGUCAAAAAAGGCAAUACAUUAGCGGAGCUGCACAGAUUUGAUAAAUAGUGAAUAAAUACUUUGUAUUGUC